CUCACUUCCUAGUUGUGUGUUGCGUGUGUCCGUGUGAAUACAUCCUGGCAUCUCGAAGGAGCAACCAUGGCGUCAGGCUUGCCCGGUGUUGUCCUUUCGGCUUUACUAUGUGCCGCCCUGGCCGGUUGUGUGUCGGCGGACGAUACAAACUGUCUGGCCUACACGGACUCAAGCGGCCAGUAUCACCCAUAUAUCCGAUGUUUCGAAGGAUACUGCUGUGGUAACUGCUACUCCAAACGGUGCUGCACGAAUAGUUUUCUUCGCUUUACGGAGGAUAGCCAAGAAGAAUGUGAAUAUCAUACGUUCAUGGAAUCCUCGCCAGUGUUGGGUUCCGUGAUUGGCGGUGCCAUCCUUGUGGUGGUGGUCCUCAUCAGCUGCUGCAUGUGUCCCUGUUGCUGUCUGUACAAGAUGUGCCGCAAGCCGCGACCUGUAAUUGCAACCACCACUCACACCACCGUGAUCACCAACACCCCCCAGCGUUACCCCCAGCAACCAACGAUUUCGCCCGGGCAACCACAGCCCUACCAGGGGGCACCGUAUCCAACCUACCAGCCUGUACCAGUGCAGUCAGGAUAUGGAGCCCAACCCAUGCCGCCACAGGGAUACCCGCAGCAGUCCAUGCCCACUAUGCCCCACCCAGGGCAGCCUUUCACACACGGACCACCGCCAACAUAUCAGGAAGCUACCGGCCCGUUCUACCCUCCCAACCCAACGCCUUACAGCCAGGCUGCGUUUACCCCCGGCCAGCCGUCCUACCCUCUGCAGCCCCCCGUGCAGCCACAGGCCAACGCUCCAGCAGCCCAAAUAGACUACCUGGCUCAGCCGGCGUAUAACCCGGAUUUUGUCUCGCCGCCACCCAAGAUGGGAUAACAGUCGCUUCGAGUGUGCUGUAGCAUCGUCAAAGAAUUUUACUCUUUGUCUAUUUUACCAAGCUACAUUCACAUAGGCCAUUUCUAUAUACGCAGAUGCACAAAAGGAUCGUGCAUGCCUUUUUGGGAAGAGAUGUUUGCCUUGCAGUUCUCAGGAAGCAAGUCCCAAUUUCCUUUUCUUUUUCAUGAGCCUUCCCCAAAUCGUUACAGAGUGAGCUACUGCAGCUCGAACUGUCUUGACCAUCUUCAUCAACAUGUUUGAAUAUUUCAGUGUUAUAAUUGGACUUGUUGUCGUAGUGUUCUCUCGUGCUGGUGUUGUUACUGCCGUUUAGCCUCAUUACUCAUUGUCACCUGCGCCUGUCGUUUGCCAGUACUAUUACAAUGUGUAACCAGCGAUAAAGUUGUCCUUUUUUUGUGUGAUUGUUAUAUUACAAUACAUUUUUGUGGCAGUCGGCAUAUGGCCUUGAUUGGCAUGCUGGGGUUUUUCAAAGUGUGGCACAGUGAGACUCCCUUUACACAACAUGAAACAGCUGAGGCCUCUAUACUCCCCUAACCUCUUAAAAUACAAUUAUAUUUUAUUACCGCUGUAAUUGUUUUGCUUUACGGUUGUGUCCGUUAACGCAUAACAACAUCUAGAAAAUUUGUGUUAAAAAUGCUUUGUGAUACCAAGCAAGAAGUUCUUUAUUUACAAACCUAUUAACAUUUAAAAAUAAAAAUAAAAAUAAUUCUGUAACAAUUAAAAAAUAUGUUGAAAGUAAUGUGUGAAAUUUCAAGUAAGAUCCCUUUUGCACAUAUGGUACCACAAAGUUUUUCUAUUACCAGCCAACUUUAUACGGAGAUAAUAAUAGCCACAUUAAGCUGUAACUUUUCAACACAGUAUUGUGGGUGUCAAAUGUGACUUUUCACACCCUAUCCCGGAAUUACGUUGUUCACCAUUCACCUUAAAAGCUUAGUAUUGUAUCCUUUUGUUGUAAAACUCCUUUCUCUUGGCCUUUAACAUAGCCACGGUUAGCUUAACAUGUUUCUUAUUUUCAUAAGCUGCUGCACAUGGCCCUGCAGUCCAGUGGCGUGUCUCACUUUGAAAACCGCUGCACUCGACCAAAAGAUGCCUCUUGGAAAAGUAGUGUUUAGUUGAUUGUCAAAAAAAGUUCAUAGUUCCUUGUUAAUGUACGACAAUAGAGGGAAUUAUUUGUCAUGGAGUGAGGAGCUACCAGGAAAAAGGGAAUAUUCAUUAUGUUCUGCUCAAGAUGGCCAUUGGGUUUUGGCUCAACAACUGUGUGUUCAUGUCCUCAAUAAGCUUUUUUUGUGUGCAACUAGGAUGUUUUAAUUGUUCCAACUGGAUGCAAAUGUACCCGCAAUGCAUUGGUAGCAAAAUAACCAAAGUGUGAUUUCUUUUUUCUUGCUUUACUGAUGCUAGCAACGGCUGUGCCUUCUACUUAAUCACAUAACAUUGAAAACAACAUUAUGGGGAUGAUGAAUUUAUAAUAUUUAGUUAUUUUAACCUGGUCACGAUGAAAUGUGUCUGAUGUGGGGUGUGACAAGAAAGAGACAAGACCGAGGCAGUUCACCCAUGACUCAACCCAGUUCUGUUUAUUGUCACAUUCUGUGUUCCACUUUUAAAAAUCUAUAUUUUCUUAAACUAUGCUAUACUACUUAACAGUCAGGAUUAAGUACAUAUUUCCUGUGCUCUGCACCGCAUUGCCUCUUUCAUUUCCUCUUUUACUUGAAAGUACUUUUGCUCAAGUGACCUCCAAGCGCAAACCCAGUAGUCUUUGUUGAAAUCCGACACAAACACUGCAGAGCUUUGUAACUUCCUCCUUUUUAUUUAGAUUUUAGUAGAUGUUGCCCGUUACAACACAGGGUGUGAUUUCUUUGUCUUACGUACAGAUUGCUUGAGUUUCUUCCUGUCAAAUGUGACCACAUGCCAGCUCAAUAAAUUAGAAAUCUGCUUUGUA